UGAGGAGAACAAACAGGCAGAGUUGUCAGCCAGCACUUCAACUGAACAGAUGAAAACAGAACCUGAUAGAGAGGACUUUGGACUGUCAGAACCACUAGACCGUAAUGAUGACUGGAUCAAAACUAGAGAACCUCAGUCCAGUUUGGAUGCAAAAGAUAACAAUGAAAUAAGUCACUGGAGAUCUAUUAAGAAAAAACCUUUCACUUGCUCAAUUUGUGGUAAAGGUUUUUUUCAAAAUGGACAUUUAAAGUCACACAUGAGGACACAUACUGGAGAGAAGCCAUUCAAUUGCACAAUCUGUGGUAAAGAAUUUACUCAAAGUGGGCAUAUGCAGGCACACAUGAAAACACAUACUACAGAUAAGUCCUUUAAUUGCUCAGUCUGUGGUAAAGCAUUUUGUCAAAAAGGAGAUAUGCAGAGACACGUAAGAACACAUACAGUAGAGAAACCUUUCACUUGCUCACUUUGUGGUAAAGGUUUUUUUCAAAAUGGACAUUUAAAGUCACACAUGAGGACACAUACUGGAGAGAAGCCAUUCAGUUGCACAAUCUGUGGUAAAGAGUUUUCUCAAAGUGGGCAAAUCCAACCACACAUGAGAACACAUACUGGAGAGAAGCCCUUUAGUUGCUCAGUCUGUGGUAAAGCGUUUUGUCAAAAAGGAGAUAUGCAGAGACACACAAGAACACAUACAGUACAGAAACCUUUCACUUGCUUCCUUUGUGGUAAAGGUUUUUCUCAAAAUGGACAUUUAAAGUCACACAUGAGGACACAUACUGGAGAGAAGCCGUUCACUUGCACUAUCUGUGGUAAAGAGUUUACUCAAAAUGGACAUAUGCAGGCACACAUGAAAAGACAUACUGGGUAGUACUUUCAAGAGAUUAACACAGAUUAAACAUAUAGUUACAUGGCUGUGUAAUAUCUUAGACCCAACAGUAUGCUUAACUUUUCCUAACGUACAAAAAAAAAAUCCUUUAAUUUAAACAAUGGGCUAGGACUGCGUGGAAUGUACAUUUUUAAUAAUAAAGUGAGUAAACACUCCAUUCUAAAUCUGUUACACAUGCACCCUACAAACAAAACCGUUGCGUCAUACUGUAGGACUGUCAGCAGUUCUGUGCUGAGGGGGUGCAAUGGCUUAUGGGACUGUUAAUGUUAGAUUUAAAAUUGUGUUUUAAUGAUGUGGUAUUCAUGUUGUGGUUAUUCUUGUGUUGUUGUUUUGGGGGUUUGAUUCAGACUAAGUAGGAGACCGUUUACUGACUACCUGA